ACAACCGGAAGUCAGCUGUGUUAUUAGCAUUAGCGUCGCACUCUGCGCACUUUUUCUGCGCUUUUGCGCAACCUGCUGGUUUUUUCUGUGUCAAAACGUCUGCAGGCAGUAUGGUUCUCUGUCACUGGUGGUGGAUCCAGGUUCUCCUCGUCACCUCCUGCUCCGCCCACAGUGACUUCUUCACCUCCAUCGGUCACAUGAUCGACCUGCUGUCCACGGAGAAGGAGCUGGUGACUUCGCUGAAGAGCUACAUCCAAGCUGAGGAAGACAAACUGCAGCAGAUCAAAGAGUGGGCGGACAGACUGGACGCUCUGUCUGCUGAAGCCUCACAGGACCCUGAGGAGUUUCUGGGUCACCCGGUGAACGCCUUCAAAUUGAUGAAGAGGCUGAACACAGAGUGGGUGGAGCUGGAGAGCCUGAUACUCAAGGAUGUGUCCGAUGAGUUCAUCUCCAACCUGACCAUCCACAGGCAGCACUUCCCCAACGACGAGGACCAGACGGGAGCCGCUAAAGCUCUGAUGAGGCUGCAGGACACCUACCAGCUGGACACGGACACCAUCGCCAGCGGACAGCUGCCAGGCUCCUCCCUCCCGCGCAGCGUCCUGACAGUGGAGGACUGCUACGACGUGGGGAAGGUGGCGUACUCGGAGGCGGAUUACUACCACACGGAGCUGUGGAUGGCUCAGGCCCUCAAGCAGCUGGACCAGGGCGAGCCGGCCGCCGGUCUGGACGCCGUCACCAUCCUGGACUACCUCAGCUACUCGGUGUACCAGCAGGGGGAACUGCAGAGCGCGCUGGACUUCACCAAGAGGCUGCUGGAGCUCGACCCGACGCACCAGAGAGCCAACGGCAACCUGAAGUACUUCGAGUACCAGCUGGCCAAACAGAAGCAGGCGGAGGGGGAGCAGGGGGGGAGGCAGAGGAGCGAGACCCGCGGCCGCCCCGCCGACUACCUCCCCGAGAGGAAGAAGUACGAGCAGCUGUGUCGAGGCGAAGCGGUGGAGAUGACUCCUCGCCGGCAGAGCCGCCUCUUCUGCCGUUACCAUGACAACGGCCGGCACCCGAGGUACGUGAUUGGCCCGGUGAAGCAGGAGGACGAGUGGGACCGGCCCCACAUCGUCCGUUACCACGACAUCGUGUCGGACAAGGAGAUGGAGAAGGUCAAGGAGCUGGCCAAGCCCAGGCUGCGUCGAGCCACCAUCUCUAACCCCGUCACCGGCGUGUUGGAGACGGCCCAUUACCGCAUCAGCAAGAGACGUGCCACCGUACAUGACCCUCAGACAGGCACACUGACCACCGCCCAUUACCGAGUCUCCAAGAGCGCCUGGCUCGGAGCCUUCGAGCACCCAGUGGUGGAUAAGAUCAACCAGAGGAUCGAAGACGUGACGGGGCUGGACGUCUCCACGGCGGAGGACCUGCAGGUGGCAAAUUACGGCGUUGGAGGACAGUACGAACCGCACUUCGAUUUUGGACGAAAAGACGAACCCGACGCCUUCGAGGAGCUCGGGACGGGAAACCGGAUCGCAACCUGGCUGCUUUAUAUGAGUGACGUGCAGGCAGGGGGCGCCACAGUCUUCACCGAUGUGGGAGCCGCUGUUUGGCCCAAAAAGGGUUCAGCAGUGUUCUGGUAUAAUCUGUUUCCCAGUGGAGAAGGAGACUAUCGCACUCGUCACGCUGCCUGUCCUGUUCUGCUGGGAAACAAGUGGGUUUCGAACAAGUGGAUCCACGAGCGAGGGCAGGAGUUCAGGAGGCGCUGCAGCCUGCAGGAGGCCCACUGACCUCCUCUGCUCCUGCUGUGUGUGUGUGUGUGUGUGUGUGUGUGUGUGUGUUUGUGUGUUUCAGUGGGUGGUGCAUUCACUGUCUUUCACAAAGCAUCAGACACGUGAAGAGUGUGUCACUCUGCAGCUGUGAGACGUGUGGCCGGCUUCUCUUCUAAACAUUUAUUUACGCGCACACACACACACACACACACACACUGCUGCUGCUUCUUUCUCAGUCGGUCCCUGAAGGGACCGGGUGCACUGCACUCCUGGCAGACCGGUUACUUUUGCCCCCCUUGCUCCUUCAGAGGAGCGUAGGUCAAAGGUCAAAGACCUGCCACUCCGAGCGAUCUGGAGCGAAUGUCAGGAUUUUGUUCCAGUCUGACACAAACAGACCCACGUCUGUGUUUUCUCUUCCCUGUGAGUUCCAGCUUCGGUCUUUUGGGUUUUUCAUAGAGACGAUGUUACGAGGUGUGCAGAGUGUGUUUUAUGUAAAUAGAAACUCUGAUCACAGAUCAGAAUGAAGCCUCAGCUGCAGGGUCUCUUAUGACGUCUCUGCAGACACCAGAUUCCCGUCACUGUUACCAUGAUGAUUGUUCUGCUCUGUUCUUAUUUAUUUAUGCUGUUUCAAUAAAAUCUUGGAUUUUA